AUGGAAUCUGGCCUACAAAUCGAAAUCAUUUCCACAAAACUCAUAAAACCAUUAUUACCAACUCCAAAACACCUUCAAAAUUACAAGUUAUCGUUCUUCGAUCAAUUAGCUGAAAGGGAACAUAUGCCUCAUGUACUUUUCUAUCCUCGUGACAACAGUUCUAUCAUCGAAUAUGAUAAGUUCGAUGAAAAACUCGAACAAUCCCUCUCCAGGAUUUUAACUCAUGUUUACCCUGCAGCGGGGAGGUUAUCAAAAGAUCAACUCUCAAUCGAUUGCCUAGACCAGGGCGUUACGUUUACAAAAGCAAAGGUGAAUUGUCAAUUCGACGAUUUCAUCAAUCAGGUGAAAAAAGAUCUUAAUCUUGCUAUGUUUUUAGUUCCAAAAGGUAUUAAAGAUUUGAGUGACGCUGAUUUUGACAUGACUUCACUUGUUGUUGCACAAGUGACAGAAUUCCAAUGUGGUGGAUUAGCACUAUCUGUUAGUGCAUCACAUCCUGUAAUGGACGGAUUUAGUAAUUUUAAAUUUGUUUAUGAGUGGGCUAAAGUGUGUAAAUUUGGGAUUUUAGUUGAGGAAAUUAAUUUCUUAAGCUUUAAUUUUGGUGACAUUUUUCCAGCAAGAGAUUUAUCGAGUAUUUUCCCGCCUCGUAUUUAUCCGAAAAAUUCGGAUGAAAAAUUCGUUGGUAAAAGGUUUUUUAUUGAUGAAAUUACUAUGUCAGGGCUCAGAGAAAAUUUAACAAGUGCUAUGGAUUCAGGAGAAUUGAGUUUUAAACCUUCAAGAGUUGAGAUGAUUACGGCGAUUUUAUGGAGGGCAUUAAUUCGUGUUUCAGAAGCAAAACAUGGAUAUUUAAGGCCUUCUUUGGUGUACUUCCCUGUGAAUUUGCGCGGUAAAAUUUCGUUACCUCUAAAAGAGAAUGCGUUUGGGAAUUUUGUAAUUGAUGCUCCUAUACUAUUCGUACCGGGGGAGAAAAAGAUGGAGUUGCAUGAUUUUGUAACAUUGAUUAGGAAUUCAGUGCAAAAAACUAUUGCGGCUUGUGCUAAAGGUUCAGCUGAUGACAUUGUCGUGGCAGUGGCGAAUUCAUAUAAAGAAUAUUUUUUAUCACAAGAAUGGGGUACUGGAAAUGAUGAAGUUGAUAAAUGCAUAAUUUCGAGUUUGUGCAAGUUUCCUAUACACGAAGCUGAUUUUGGUUGGGGUAAGCCGAGUUUGAUGCAUUUCGGAUUGCGAGAUUAUCAUACUUGUUGGAUGUAUGAUGCGGAAUGUGGAAGUAUAUGUGUUCAAGUGGACUUGAAGGAAUCCUACAUGCACUUAUUUGAAUGUAACCAUGAUAUCAAGACUUUCACUAAGUUUUAA